AUGUCUUGGUUAUUUAAUAAAGCUUAACAGCCAGUUCAAUAACCUAAACUUCCUUAAAAUUUUGCGGAGAAAGUCUUAAAUUUAGAAUUAGAUGUAGAAUCAAAUGCAGCUUCAAAAGAAGAAAUUUAAGAGCUUUUAGAGUUAUAUAGUGUAAUAUUAAUUACUAAUAUAGUAAGCUGUAGAAUAUUAUUCCUCAGUUAAAUCUGAAAGAUAUACUGUUUUUACAAAUAAAAUUCAAGCUUUAUUAAUGAAACCUUACGUGAAUAAAAUGUUUGGAGCUGAAGUCAAAUAAGAAUCCAAAUAAAUUUAAUAAUAACAUGUGCAAAAAGAAUAAAUCAAAAAUAACAUAUAAUUCAUUUAAUAAAUGGAUAGUAAUAAAUAAGUCUAAUAGAUGAUGACUGCUGCUAUUGAUGAAAAAAUCAAGAGAGAAAAUAUUAUUGCUGAUGAUUUUAAAAUGUAAGAUCAUAGAGUAUAAUAAAGAAUGCUAAAAAGAAUUAAAGUAUUUAUUAAAUGUUAAUCAAUUAUAGGAUCCUUCAAAAUAUAACUUAGCUAUCUCUAAAAGUACUUCACUUAGACAUUUAAAAUUGGACAUAGAAUCUUAAAGUCAACAAUCAACUCUACCAGAUACAUUAGAAUAAGGAUUAGAAAUAAGAUCUGAUCCAGCUUUAGAUAAGUUUUCAGAAGCAACAGCUUAGUAAUAAUUCAAUGAUUUUAUUAAAAAUGAUUUUGACUAAGUGGAAUAAGUUUCUUAAUUGCCAACAUAAAAUGGACAACAUCAAAUUCCAAAUCCAGAACCUGAAUUAGUUAGUCUUCCUAUUAAGCCAUCUUAAAUUAAGGAUAAACUAUAUUCAUAUUUUAAUGAUGAUCCUUAGCCUAUUGAUCAAUAAAACUGGUCACUUCAGUUAGGGGAUUUAUAGCAUCCAAAAUCAAAAAAAGUUAGAGAAAUGGUUAACAAAAAUACAGAACUUAUAAAGUAAAAAAAAGAGCUAAAUAAUAUUUUACCAUAUUGA